CAGACGUUUUUCUCUCCCGCUUCCUCACGUUGUUGAUGUGAUGAUGUCGGUGAAAUUAUAGGUUAUGUACUCAAUUUUACUGUAGACUUCUUUUAUUUAUGUUCGUAUAAAAUAAUAAAAUGGUCAAGUGCUUUUCAUCUAAAGAAGGAACAUCUAAAAAUGAAGACAGUUCAUCUUCACAAACAAUUUUGAUUCCGGAUGCACUAUGCGAGAAAGCUGGUUUAACCCUUCAAUGGUCAGGAAUUGGUGAACUUGGAAUCCAUGCUUUUCAACAUGUCGAUAAAUCCUCUAUUGAUAAUCCAAGUGAAUUUGCACCAACUGAUACAUUUUUACACAAUUUGCGCACUGAUUCAAUCCUUUUCGAGCCAAUCAUCAGAAAACUUGUGAAUGAAUCGAAUGGCACUUUUCUGGCUGUGCAAAAACUCACUCCCAGCAAUAGUGCUCGCUCUGAAACACUUGCUCUGAGUCGACAAUACAGGUCGAUAGUGAGAGCGUGCAUAGAAAAUCUGCAAACUUCUGAACUAGAUAAAAACACAACUUACAAAUUGAAUCCACAACAAAGACAGCAUUAUGUGGCGAUAUUUUAUAAUAUUGAGUUCAUCUGGCACCUCUGUGAGAUUCUGUUUGUCGACUCUGUCCCUGGAGCGGUCGUACUGCCACACCUGCUGGACUGGAUCCGUUUCCACUUCCCGGACACAGAACGGGCGGCCGGGCAAAUCCUGACCGGUCCCCUGGAGACGGGAGCUGAGCUGCGCAACUCCGACUAUUGGGAUGUGGUGAUAGGGCUCAUCAUGCAGGGCAGUCUGGAGCCAGCGCGCGCCCUGCUAAGGCUGCACUCUAACGCAGACACUGAGUGCUUCCUACAGGCCGAGAGUCUGCUCAAGACGCUGCCUGUGUUCAAGGUGUAUGGUGGUUUGUCAACAGCAGAGUUCAAAACUAGGUGGCAUACUUGGCAAACAAAUGUUACCACUAAACUAGAAUCUGGAGUAUUUGUUUCCGACAAAAAUCUCUACACAGUAAUGAAGAUAAUCAGUGGCGAUGAGAGUUCAGUUGAUGAGAUGCAGAGUCAUUGUGAAACGUGGUAUCAGCUGAUGGUGGCCAUGCUGCUCUACAAGGAUCCGACAGUUAAGACAUUCGAACUGAACCGUUAUGCCACGGCAUGCAUGGCUUAUUUCGGUGGACCCGAUCGUAUGAAGAUUUUGGACGAAAUCAUCAUGGAUUUGUUCGAAUGUAACAUUUUGGAGGUGAUAAAGAAGCUGCAUCUGUCUUCAGACAGUGGAUGGGCGGCCACUCAUCUCACCAAUUUGUUGCACUAUUGCGGCCGUCUCAACAUCGACUCGCAGGCUUAUGAUGCACGUCUUGAUGAGAAUCUGCUCCUAGAAUACGGAUGUCUGUUGAUGUCUCAUCAUUCGCUAUGGCAAGUGGGAGUCACCUACCUGGACCAUUGUGGCCCUCAAGGCAGAGCUUGCCUGGAAUUGCUUCUACCGAAACUCAAACCAGGAUCCGAAUCGAGAACUCUCAAAAUCAUACAAAUAGCAGCUGAAAGAGAUAUGCCAAACACAGUGAACAGUAUCUGUAAGGUGCAAGGAAUGCGUUGUUUGCAAAGGAAACGAAUCGGACAGGCAUUGUGCUGGGCUCUGAAAUCGCAGGAUCCUGGGUUCGCGACACAUUUGGCCGACAAACUGUUGCUGGAAUACACCAAAGGCGGCACUUUCAACUGCCUCGAUCUGCUGGAUAACCUUGGAUCAUGUAUGCUAAUCAGUGAUCGACUCACAUUCCUAGGAAAAUAUUGCGAAUUUCAACAAUUGUUCAGGAAUGGCGCCACUAGAGAAGCUGCAGCUCUUCUAACUUCAUUAUUCACAUCGAAAUUAUGUCCGAAAUAUUUCACACUGUCGCUACUGAUGGACUCUCUGCCGCUGCUGGAGACGACUGAGGUGACGCUGCUCUCAUCGGAAGACACGAGCAACCUGCUGGCUUGCCUGGAAGAGUUGGCAGACGACUGCAAUCAGCCGGCAGUCAUCGACAAAAUCAAACUCAUCCGAUUGGCUAUGAACAAAAACCUCGCCAAAUCACUCAUCUUCGAAGCGUGUAAUCCUCAGUUGUUCGACUAGGAUCGAUAACAGGCUACUGAGUUUCACUUCCUACUGCAGUACACUCUUGAAGCAUUCAGUUAUUCUUAACAUAGAUUUCAGCCGAUGAGUAAUAUCAAUAAGAUUGUUUUUUGUAAUUUCAAUAUUUUUUAUCAAUAAAUAAACGUGAAAGUAAUAAAA